UAGCCAUUAUGGUAAUAAAUACUAGCAGCUCGGUUUCACUAUUGUGAAAAAGUACCACCUCCGCUUGCUUAGUCCUGCGAUCAGUGUCAACGCAUUUACGGUCAAAAUCAUAAAAUUAAUUUUGAUAAUGUAAUCAAUGAAUGUAAUAUAGUGACUUUUGACCCGUGUCCGUUCGUGUCUACCCUGAAGGUGACUUUUAAGUUUAUAUCGCCUACGUACCACGUGUACCGUACCGCAUACAUAGGGCUACCGGUACGUUAGCUGUUACCAGUACUGUGUGCAUUAACGCCACGGCGAUGGACAUUUAACGUUAGCUCGUUACCGGGACUGUCAAUUUUAUUUGUAUUACUGAAAUUUAGGUACCGGUAUAGCGUAUAAUUCAGUAAUUACGUAUAACGUUAAAUCUAUGGUGCCAAUAUCCUUGGGUUCUCUUAUAUUUUCGAAAGUUUUUCACCACUGCCGGUUUGAAUUUGUGUAGUUGACAAGUUCUGUGAAAGUUAUUGUAUUGUUAAUUUUGUAUGUACUUUUUUAUCAUACAGUCAUAGUCUAUCUACUACGGUACUAUAAUUACAUUAUUCAGCUAUUAUACUAAGGUGAUUUUAAUAUGGGAGGAGUAAGAAUUGUUGAAGAGUUUAAAGAGAGGAGAACGAGGAGGGAGGAGGAGAAGAGAAGUAGAGUGAGAAGGCAAAAGAUAAUGGAAAAAGCAAAAAUUGUGCAAUCACCAGGUGCAACGAAGUCAGCAAAAAAAGCGGCUCCAACAGGAAACAUCUUUGCUGAAAUCAAAUAUACAAUUACAAUGGAUAAAAAGAUGGCCCACAAACGGACUCAUUCGCCGGAAAUUACGAACCAGAACGUGAAAAAGAUUAGGAAUCUAAACUACUGGAUGCAAAAGUACAGCUCUAUGUCACCAAGGUCAAUAUUAAAACGAAAGCUGGAGGAAAGGGAAGAGUUAAGAGAUGUAGACAUCAUCCACAGUGAGUCGGAAGAUUCUAGAAGAUCUUCCGACUCUUAUUGUGUGAAGAAGAGAGUUCGAUUCUCUCUUACACCAUCCUCCAGCUUUUUCAAAGAUAAACAGGUUUAUUCAAAAAUUAUUCCACCUUCAAAUAAAAACAAACCUGGCGAAGACGAUAUACUUGGGUAUCCGUCACCAAGAUCAAUAUUAAUACGAAAGCUGGAGGAAUUAAAACGAUUAAGAGAUGUUGACAUCAUCCACAGCGAGUCGGAAGAUUCCAGAAGAUCUUCCGACUCGUAUUGUGUGAAGAAAAGAGAUCAAUUCACUCCUCUUACACCAUCCUCCAGCUUUUUCAAAAACUCAGGUUAAUUCAAAAAUUAUUCCACCUUCAAAUAAAAACAAACCUGGCGAAGACAAUAUACUUGGGUAUCCGUCACCAAGAUCAAUAUUAAUACGAAAGCUGGAGGAAUUAAACGAUUAAGAGAUGUUGACAUCAUCCACAGCGAGUCGGAAGAUUCCAGAAGAUCUUCCGACUCGUAUUGUGUGAAGAAAAGAGAUCAAUUCACUCCUCUUACACCAUCCUCCAGCUUUUUCAAAAAAACUCAGGUUAAUUCAAAAAGUAAGUAUUUUCGAUAGCAAGGCAAAAUACUUUGCUAGUGGAACAACUCACAAGUAUUGUGCAAGCACGUGUAAAAUCAGCCCUCCAUGCUUACAAAAUCGUGUAUUAUUUUUUUCAUUCUGUGUUUACUCUUUUUGCUCUGAACAGGGCCCCAGACAAGCAUCCACUGAUAAGGUGGUACUAUUUAAAAAAAAAAAAAUUUCUCUUCACUGCUUGCCUACACAAUUUCCUAUACCCUGGGUUUUGAAAUUGCCGCUGCAUUGGAUUUGAUGAUAUAUUAGUGUCUUACUACUUUCUCCACUUCUUAGUAUGCUAGAAAUAUUGUAACCAGUUUUAGAUUUUAUAUUCUACUUGGCUAAAAAUUAAAUUGCCUUAUGUUUAAAAUAAA